AUGGUGCGGUAUCUGCUGAACCACCAGAACACCGACGGUGGUUACGGGCUGCACAUCGAGGGCCACAGCACCAUGUUCGGGACAGCACUCAGCUACACCACCCUGCGGCUGCUGGGCGUCGAGCCCGACAUGAAGGAGAUGGCGCGCGCACGGGAAUGGAUUCACGCGCGCGGCGGCGCUACCCACAUCACGUCCUGGGGCAAGUUCUGGCUGGCGGUGCUGGGCGUGUACAGCUGGGAGGGCAUGAACCCGCUCACGCCGGAGACGUGGCUGCUGCCUUACAAGUGGUGGACGGGCCUGGGCUACGUGCACCCCGGGCGGUUCUGGUGCCACUGCCGCAUGGUAUACCUUCCCAUGAGCUACGCCUACAGCAAGAGGGCCACGGCCAAGGAGACGCCCCUCACGGCAGCCAUCAGGGCCGAGCUGUACCCCGUGCCCUACUCGUCCAUAGACUGGAAUGCGGCGCGCAGCCAGAUCGCAAAGGAGGACCUCUACUACCCCCACCCUCUGGUGCAGGUGAGGGGCGCACCCCUGCCUUCCACCAACAGGCGCGGGGUUCAACCCGGUUCGCCGCCGUCUCGGAGGGUGUAG